AUGGCAAAUCUCAAAAGUUCAAUAUUGUUGGCAGCAUUGAUCGCGGACAUAGCAGUCGCAUCAUACGUUCGUGCAAUCAAUCAGUCGAAACACCAGCCGUUCACAAUUCGAUCGCGAAGACAAGCCUGCAAUUGCAUAUCCACUCCUGAUGGAGAAUUCCAAUGCGAAUGCUCGAAUCCGAUUUUGGGUGAUUCGCAACUGCAACAGACUGAAUUACAAAAGCAACUGCAAUUACUAGAGGGGUUAUCAGAGAAGUGCAAUUGUUUGCCAUCAAUUAUCACCAAUUUCAUACAGACUGACCCGGAUGCACCUACUUAUACGUGUCAAUGCUACCAACAGCCUCAACCACCGGUGAUUACGUCCGGUGGUGUCGCAAUAGAAACGAUCCCUUCACCAACCACAUCUCCUACAAUUAUUAUAGAACCUUCUGUCGUACCCUCAGAACUUCCUACCAUAAUCAUAGAGCCAGCUUCAGUUUCGCCUCCAGAACUCCCAGUUAUAACUGUAGAGCCUUCCGUCGUGUCUCCCGAACCCUCGGUUGAAGUUCUAGUUCCAGUACUACCACCCCAACCGCCCGUUAUUCCCGUGGAACAGGUGAUCUCUCCUUCCUAUGUACCAUUGGGAAACCAAUGCCCAUGUGUGUUGAUCCAAGUGUCUCCGAUGUCUGCACCACAACAGAAUUGUGAUUGCUUAUCGCAAUACUCCGCAUCGAAUAUCAAUCCGAUACCGUUCAUGUCUUCAACAAUACCCACUCCGAUCCUUCCAUCGACCACAAUCACUCCGUAUAUCACUGGCGAUUUACAGCAGAUCGAUCAAGGCCAACCAGAAAUGUUGCCGUGCUCAUACUACUUCAUGGAAACUUGUGUAUGUCCGCCGAAUUACGUACAAUGUGCACCUGAUACAUGCUGUAUUGAGGCUCUCGUCAACUUCAGACAGUUUCGUAGUUCAACGAUGGUAACUCUUUAA